AUGUCGGAACAGAUCACAGAACAGCAAGUGGUGGCUACAUACAAGAGUCUGCGCGCUGAGGUGCGGCAGCUAGCUGAGAAGAUUGCUGAGCUAGAACUGGAGACCACAGAGCAUGAUCGUGUGAUUCAGACGCUCAAGGAGCUACCAAGCGGCCGCAAAGCCUAUCGUAUGGUUGGUGGUGUUUUAGUGGAGCGCACAGUACAAGAGGUUUUACCUGCCGUGAGUACCAACCGCGACGGCAUUGCUCAGGUACUGACACAGCUCAAUGAAAAUAUUAAGCAAAAAGAGAAAGCUGCUGACGAGUGGCAGCGAAAGUAUAAUAUCCAAGUGCAGCAAUAA